AGCCGUCAGAGCGGCCCAGUGGGGACACGGGGCGGUGGGCGCGUCCUCCUGCCGAGGCUCCUUCCCAGCCCAGGCUCCCUCCCUGCGCCCCUCCGGCUGCCCCCGCCUUUCCCCGGGGCCGCUCAGCCCCUUCCCGCCCGGCGCGGCUCUCGCACGGACGCGGGCCGGGCUCGUCGCGGCGGCGGUGGGACCCGGGCUGGCUCAGCAGGCUCGCAGAUGGGUCAGGGACUCUGGAGAGUUGCUAGGAACCAGCAAUUGCAACAGCAAGGAUACGGUGGACCAGGCUAUCUUACCAGAGAGCAUGGUAGGAGGGUAGCUGCUAACGUUUCCAAUACAAGCCAUCGCAAACAAGCCCAAGGAGGCAUUGACAUCUACCACCUGUUGAAGACAAGAAAAUCCAAAGAACAAGAAGGAUUCAUUAACCUGGAAAUGCUGCCACCAGAGCUUAGUUUUACCAUUUUGUCAUACCUGAAUGCAACUGACCUCUGUCUAGCUUCAUGUGUCUGGCAGGAUCUUGCUAAUGAUGAGCUCCUCUGGCAAGGGUUGUGCAAAUCCACUUGGGGUCACUGUUCUAUAUACAAUAAGAAUCCGCCUCUAGGAUUUUCUUUUAGAAAAUUGUAUAUGCAGCUAGAUGAGGGAAGUCUCACCUUUAAUGCCAACCCUGAUGAGGGAGUCAACUACUUUAUGUCCAAAGGCAUAUUAGACGAUUCACCAAAAGAAAUAGCUAAGUUUAUCUUUUGCACGAGAACACUAAAUUGGAAGAAGCUGAGAAUCUACCUUGAUGAAAGGCGAGAUGUUUUGGAUGACCUUGUGACGCUGCACAACUUCAGAAAUCAGUUCUUGCCAAAUGCACUGAGAGAGUUCUUCAGACACAUUCAUGCUCCUGAGGAGCGUGGGGAGUACCUUGAAACUCUCAUAACAAAAUUCUCUCACAGAUUCUGUGCUUGUAAUCCUGAUUUGAUGAGAGAACUUGGCCUUAGUCCUGAUGCAGUUUAUGUACUGUGUUACUCUUUGAUUCUACUUUCAAUUGAUCUAACAAGCCCUCACGUGAAGAACAAAAUGUCAAAGAGGGAAUUCAUCCGAAAUACGCGACGAGCUGCACAGAAUAUUAGUGAAGAUUUUGUAGGGCACCUUUAUGACAACAUCUACCUUAUUGGCCAUGUGGCUGCCUAAAAGCACAAUUUGCUAGCACUUAAAAUUUGUAAUUUUCAAAUAUUACGUCAAUUCAAGACAUUAAUUAUUUUGUAGAGAUGGGGGUUAUUUUAGUGCUGGUCAUUCUAACCUCUGUAUGCAAUCAAAGUUUGUGUGUGUAAGUGUGUGUAUGUGUAAACUACCUUUUCUAUCUAUUUACUAUGGGAAUGGAAGGACUUGGUUUUCAUAAUUUUUUUCAGUUUUGCACAAAACAAUGCCAUUAGUCUGACACAGCCAUUUACGAAUGUUAAACUGACAUUACAGUCUAAGCUGACAAAGUGGUGAAUUUGUGCGUUAGAUCUGCUUGAAACUUUAAUAAGUUCGUUCUUUUUAGGAUACUGUGUAAUGUGUAUAUAUUUAACUGAAGAGAUUUAUAAGCAUAAUUAUUUUAUUGUGAAAUAUUUUAACUAAAAUUUCUCCUCUUAUCUCUUAAAAUAGUGUUGUACUUUUGUUUGCAUUUUUUUUUUACAAUGCUGACUACCUCAGAUGCAUAACUUAGAGAAACAUUAGUCUGAGUACUACAAUAAAGUUUAUUCUAGGAGAUGACAACACUUGUAAAACAUCUAGGCUGGUAUUUUAUACUAUAUUUACUAACUUGAAUUAGCAUAUUGCCAAUCUGCUAUUCAUUCAGUUUUAAAGAUUACAGGCUCUAUUUUAGAUGAACCCUGAUGUCAUACAGGGAUUGCCAAGGGAAAUAAUGCAGUGUACAGAGAGUUUUACAUAAUUUACAUAUAUAACCUAUUUUGCAGACACUAGUUUUUGGGAAACAGGGCAACUACAAUCACUUAUUCAGCACAGUAAGCAAGGAAAAAUCCAAACAGGAAAAGUAGUGGGGGCUACUAACGUAUUGCUGCUUUCAGCUGGUUCCCUCAGUCUAGAAGUGUCAAUGAUGGAAAUGCCUGGGCAAAUACAUACCAGAUGACUCAUUGCUAAAGCUGUUAAAAACUGACUGUGCAAGAUUAGAGCAGUGACUGUGCAGAAUUCAAGAGCCGUUUCAGAGUCAGAUACUGAGUUACUUUUGAAAUCAGUCAUAUAGCUAGCUUUUUAAACAGUUCUAGAUUUAUGGAAAUACUUCAAAAAUUACUUAGGUCAGGUUGUGUCUGAAGUAUGUAGAAUAUUAGCAGUGCAACUGCUAUGCAUGUGCAGGAAUUGAAUGAGGUUUUGCCUGGUGUUUGUUCAGACAACUCACAGAGCAGUGCUUUUCUUAAAUUGACAUAACAUAGUUAAAAUAAGAGCUGUUCUUCAUUAGGUUUGUUUACAUAAUAUUCAGCUAUCAGUAGCAUCUGGAUUCAUCAUGGCAAGAAGUACAUUUAUUCUUUUUCCCUACCACACCAUGAGGUGAGGUGGGAAGGCAUUCUUAGUUCGUUAAUUAAUCAGAUUAAUCUGAUCUUCUAUGUAGAAAGCCCAUGGCAGAGCCAGGAACUGAAUGCAUACUCCUCGUAGGCACACACUUUGUCUACGCUGCUGCUUUCCAUUUGGUACAUAGGGAGUGUUAUAUUUUAUUUAGAAGUGAGAAUAAUCAUGGCAAUGACAGUCCACAUAAGGGCUGCCUAAAUGACAGGAAGAAAAAAUGUAGCUAUUGCUGCUAUUUCAAGUGUUUAGUACAUUUUGUUUAUAGCUCUGGUCCACAUAUAAAAAUGCACACAGAAAAAGUUGUACUUUUUUAUUAUAUUACCUUUAGUCAAGUGUAAAUGCCAUUUGUAUUUAUGUAGCACACACACACAAAGCCAGGAGCCAGCAGUAUAGCAGCUGUCUUCCAGACAGGUUUACAGUAUCACUUGCCUCUCUCAGGAUAAAUACUCUUCACCCUGUUUUGUUUCAUGUAUUUCAAGAAGUCCAAGGAUGUGUUCUGCAGUGGUCAGUCAAUCUUAAACACAAAUAAAGAGUGUGUGUCUGAGCUCCUGGGCUCCUUAAAGUGAUCUUAAGUGGACACUGCAGAAUACAGUUUUCUAGAAAACACGCCUCAGAAGUUAUACAUGUAAUAAGAAGAAUGCAGUGAAUUUUGAAGUUAGAACUAUUUUUAUUAGGAAAUGUUUUCUUCUCAAACCAUAAAUGCAGAGGAAGGCUUAAUUCUCUUCUGACUUGUAUUUAAGUUGGCAUUAGUGAUACUGGUUUUGAUUUUGCACUGAUAAGAGAGCAUGAAUUGUUAGUCUGCAUUUCUCUUAAUUUCCAUUUACCCUGAUACAAAACAAAGCCUCCAGGUAGAUAGAACAUGUUAUUUUUCUGGAGUAGAUGAAUGCGUCUAUUAGCAAGGUUUAGAAAGCUUCAAGGCCAGUGUAGCAGCCAAAAAGAUAAAUUAGAAACAGGAUGAUAUGAUUAAAAUUUCCAUAGGACGAGUCCAAGGGAAAAGGAAACAAAACCGUAAUGGCAUCAGAUAACCACAUCUGAUCUUCCCAACAGGAUUUCGAACAGUGUUAGAUGAUUAGUGCCCAACUCGUGUUGUACAUUAUGUUUCUAGCUCAGAGCUGAACAGGAAGUAGCAAACACAGCAUGCGAAGUGUGAAUUCCCUCAGAGGCAACCAAGAAACAAAGAAUGAAUAUAGAUAUUUCUUCUGUCCUUUUUUUUUUUUCUUUCCAGUUUGACUCUUUUUCCAGAGUGGCUCAGAAGUAAUUUUUUGCAUUGUAAUAAUCUGAACCUUAUGUGAAAUUAGGCAAUUUUCUGUCUUAAAAGUUAAAAAUAGUCAUAAGCAGGUGUAAUAGUACUCUUACAAAGUGAGAAAAAUUCUCUUAGUCAUCCUCCAAAAACCCUUUACAAAACUGAGUUUUGGGCAGUGUCUUCUUCAAUGCACAUUGCAAAAGAAAAUAAUGAUAGAUACUUAAUUGAUCCAGGUGUCAGUAAAUGAUUUGAUGUGGAAAUAGCUACUUGAUCAAACACUUCAGAAGACUUAGGUAGAGGAUUCCAAGCCUGAUUACAUGAGCACGAUCAACCUAUAACUGCAAAGAUUCCCAAGCUAUUGUGAUUCCACCACUGCAUGUCCUUUGAACUUUGGCCAUGUGGUGUUGCCUUAAUGCUAAGUGUACAGACUGUACACAGCACCGAAGGAAGAAAUGAGCCUGCAGCCCACUGCCCUGCAAACACUGGCUAUUCUGGUCCUAAAAGACACUGGAAUCAUUCUGAAUAGCCAUUUCUGAAAUUUUGCUAACUUCAGUAUAUACAGAUGUGACAGAAGGACAACUGUUCUAUGUUCAUGUAGGGGAAGUGUGUCUACCUGUGUCCAUGUAAAGUGUCACGCAAAUAGAGCUCAUUGUUGCAUGUAUUAAAUUCUCAGACUCUCAUUGCAUUUAUUGAAGGAAUAUGGCAUAUAUUGCAUAUUCAUAUGGUAGUUAUAGGCAGUAUCUGAUAUACAUUUUCUCAGACUCUAUUUGGGUCUAGAAUACUUUCCAUUCAAACUCUAAACAACACGUUUAUACAGCUUUGACUUUUUAAAAUUUAAAUUAAAUUUAAACUUCAACAUACAAAAGCCCAAACAAAUGUAACUUAGAGAUAUGUCUGUCAAUUUUGAAGUGAGCAAGAAUAUCGCAUUCAGGAAAAAAGUUUCGAUUUGUUCUGUUUCGAUUUGUUCGAUUUGUUCUUCGCUUUCACCCUCCACAUUGGAAAAAGAAAAACUGUAAACAGUUCAAAAAUACAGCUUUAGGAAAAUAAACUGACUAGCUGGGCAAAUAAAUGUUACUGUUUCCUCUUCAGUAUUCUGCAGCUUAUUAAUGUUCUUUAGAUAAAAAUUGCCAACAGGAAUUGCUCUUUUUUGAAGUGGUAAUAAUUUUGUUUUCUGUGUAAGGAUGUCAUUGUUCACUAUUUGUUUAUAUUUCUGUUUUUGGAAAACAAGUAUUAAAUUAUUUUAAGUACUUAAAAUUGAGGUAUACCUACUUGAUCAUGUUAAAAUGUCAAAAUAACAAUAAUAAGUAUUUAGAAAAGUCGAAUUUACUUGACUUCUAUUGGAUGGGGAUUUUUUUCAAGUAUUUCAUGGUUGUAUCAGAUCUCAUAAACAUUAAGGCUGAUGACUUGUUCUCUGCCAUUGUAAGAUCUGCCCUUUUGAGUAACAAAGCUCAAAAGCACUAUUAAAAUGGAAAAAGAACAGACUUAAAGUAUUUCCUGUGUCUCCCAUAGGCACAUUAUGGUUUCAUUUUGCCUUAAAGAGAAAUAAUAUCCAAACUUUUAUAAUCUACAUGUAAUAAUGAUUUUAAUAGGAUAAAGUUUUAGAUGAUAUUCUGAUAUUAUUUAUUAGAUGUUUAAGUUCAGACUUGCAAUACAAUAUGCACAAUUAAAUCAUACCCAAAUAGCUAGGAUUGGUUUCAGAAAUGUGUAUGUAAAAAACUUUAAAGAGAUCACAUUGCUCCUUCAUCAUCUCUGUUUUUGCUGGCAUAAUGUUAGUAGAUUUGCAGUUUUCCUUUCUUAUUCAUGUAAAUAGGCUUAGAGAAAAAAUGGAUUAGAAAAUCUUUACACAGAAUAUUUCCGUUUCAUGUGUAAAAUUUACUUAAAUUAAAAAGGAACUUUCUGUAUUUACAAUUUUACAAAAGCAAAAAACUGUAAUUCAUUGAAAGAAGGAAGAGGCUCUAAUUUUCAGCUAUGUGGUUCACUCAUAGUAUCUAAUACAGAAAAUGAGCAAAAAGUAUUUUUCAGAUUCCUAAUAAUGCAACAAAUGCAUGAUUCUUUAAGCUUAAAAAUGCUGCUUAUUAAUAGAGUAUGUGUACCUAAAAAAAAAUCAAGCUUAUUUAUGUGAAAGCAACAUGGUCAGGAUAACAGUUCUUUUCAGAGAGAGUAUUCAUUUGUAAAAGUUAGCUUUCUUCUUGGCAGUGUUGGAGAGGAAUGUUGGAUUUAAUUUAAAAUGAUUAAUGAGAUUUUGUCAGACUCCCUGCCUUUACCACCACUGCAGUUUGUCAGCACAACAACCUGGGAAACCCGGACGCCACUCUGUCGCCCUAAACUGCUUUCCAGGAAAAAAUAAACCUGAGUAACUAGUGCCAGAUACAUGUCAAUGGUAUUGUCUUUCAGCUGUUGAAAGUUUAACUGUAAGUUGGGACAUUUACACAUUCUGAGGAAGUGAACCUCAUUCAUUACUUCAAUAGUCUGUUUUUGACAGUGAAUACCAGUGUAAACUGAAGUUUUCAGAGCAAGCACAGCCUUUAUUAUUAACCUUAUGGAAAAUACUAUAAUCCAUGCAGAGGAGAAAUUCUUUAACAGUGAAAAAUAUAUAUCAAAACUUGUUUAGCUAAGUUUUUCUGGAGAAAGACCAUCUACAUUUCAUUAGGAGGAUCUCAUCCUUUGAGCACUACAUGCCAAUAGGUUGCUAGGAAUGCUCUGUUGGACUCGAGGCAAAUGCAUCUGUGUUCACAUGUGUACCAGAAUCUGAAAAGUUCACAAUACUUUUCAUACAGGACCAUAACAUAAGAAAAUGAGUAAUUAUUUUGAAAGGUAAGGUAGAUAUUGAAAAUUAUUUACAAUUUGCCUUUUUUGCUUUCCUUGUGGAAAUUUGUUCUGUUGGUCUACAGCUUGAGCAUUAUGUUCUCCUUAACACAUGAAAUACACAAAAACUGAAAGGACUAUUUUAAUUUCAAAAGCAGCCUUCCCCUUCCAAGGAAACACAUUCCUGCCUGUGCUGCAAAAGUCUUUCUGCAGUCACAUAACGCUGUAUCAACAAACUGACCUUGCAUUCGCUCCUGUGGACCCCUUUAUACACCAGUUCUAUCAAUUAACUCAGCGGGCCAAAAAUCCUGUGAGGCUUCACAGUGAUGUAGAUGGUGAAAAAGACUUGGUACUGCUCUACUACACUAGGCAGAACAUAUUCCUUAUGAACCACAAUGGCACGCUUAUUCUUUGCAUGACUUUUAUCUUAGCUAUUUCUUGUGUGUUAAAAAAACUAUUUUCACAACUGCAGUUUCCCUGUCUUCCUAUCCAGAAUUCAGACUAAUUGUCUUCAUUACAUGCAACACAAUUGAAUUGAAAUAUAUUUUUAUAACUGGAGAACUUCUGAAGUUUACUUGCCUUCAGGCAGCAUAAAUCACCUGCGUAAAAAAACAAGCAAGAAAAUCACAGAACUGCAUUAGCAGUGCUGGAGAAGUGCACCUCUCAGUGUGCUUCUUAGUCAAAAUCAAGAUGAUGUAUUUUUUUACAUUAAGUGUAAUUCUUGUUUCUAUAUUCCACUUAGGAAUUUAUAUCAGUAAAUGUAUUUGCUACUGCUCCAUGCUGUCAAGUCUAACAGUGCCAUUUCUGAUUUUGUACUAGCAAAAGCUGGACUUUUUUUGGUUUGGUUUGGUUUUUCCCUUGGCAUAGCAGAGAAAUUUAGAAUAAAUACUCAACGCUCAUUUAUCACUGCAAAAAUAUAAUAAAAAUGCUUGAAUCUUUUUUCCCUAUAUAUAAGGUUUAGAUAUGUAAUAAAAUAUGGAAGUCACAUGAUUAGUAAUCAGCUUUUGUUUAAUUCUUUUUCAACUUUUUAAAAGUAUAUACAUUAGUAUAUGAUUUCCCUUUCUUGCUAUUAAGUGUUCACAGUGUACAUAGUGCUGCAUGACGUAUACUGAAAAUCACAGCACUUACAAGCCUAAUUUGGAUUUUUUAAUGGUACAUAGACUGACGUUCUGAUUUCCUGUAUAAGAUAGAUUUCAUUUAAAAUCAUAAAUUGUCGAACAUAAAUCAAGAUUUAUGAUCUGAGUCUAAAGAUUCAAGUUAGUAAAACGGAAAGAACCAAGGGAAGAAAUGUUCUUUGAUAAGAUUUUUCAUUAAAACUAAAAUGUUGUUGGUUUUAAUGCAGAUGAAGACAGACGUUUUAAAGAGGUGAGAUUAGUGGUUUUUGUAAGAGGAUACCUGGUCCCAGACUUGUUCAGACCUCAUCCUCCCUCUUUCCUGCAGUAACAUAACAGCCUUCCUGCCCUGCCCAACACCUCUUCACCUCUCCACAGCUGUCCACAGGGAGGCUGAGCAGUAUUCCAUUGCAGUCUACUCCUCUUCCACCAAAUUAGUAAAUAGACUGCAUGUAGUUUUGUUAUUUUUAAAAUAUAAAGUGUUCUCUGUAAUUUCUUAACAGUGGUUAAAUAACGGAUAAAAGAGAAAUUAGCAGUUAAAAUGUAUUCUCAGUAUCAAUAUUUUCUAAGAACAGACAGUUGUUCUAUUAUACAAAAGGAACAGAAAAGGAAGCCCAUGUUGCCAAUCAUAGUUUUAUGUCAAUCCAUUCCAAAAUCAUCCUCAAAUUAAUUUAAUGAAUGCUGAUUGAUGAUCUUUAGUCCAUUUUAGAAGUUGUUCGCUACAUACUUGAACUAAGAAGAAUUUUACACAGAAUAUGAGAUAGUACUUGGAGAAGCUUAUCUGCAUUAUCCUUACAAGACAGCUAACAGGUUACACCCUAGUAAAAUUGUUGUCCCACUGCUUUCAAAAGCAAAUCAGUAACUCAAAGGAGUAGAGUCAGGAUGUUAUUGAGAUUUGGAAGAAGCAAAAGCUUAGAAUUAUCUUUAAUGCCUCACCUUCUCACAGAUCCAUUGUCUCAACACACUGUUUAAGCUGAUAAACGUCACUGUGUUAUCAACUGAAACAUAGCAGUAUUCUCAAAUCUUUUGGGAUAAUCUAUUCUCAAUAAAGAAGAGAAGCAAAAGCAGGUUGACUCUUUGGAGUGUUUAUGCUUACUACAAGUAGUGUAAGUCAUACUUAAUACAAGUAGUGCCAGAAAGCAUUUAACCUGAGAAAAAAGAGAAAUUGUAAAAUUCAAUGCCCGUGAUGCAUAGGAGAUCUGUAAAACAAAAAGCAGAGUCCCACCUGUAUAGGUAUGGCAGAAUAUUGAUCUAAAAGAAAAGGCAUCUCAGUUUUAGUAAAAUCUAAUCUUCUCAAGCAAUGAUUGAAGUGUCCAUUUGGUUUCACUCCCUUCAUAGCCAGUUUUCAGUGUAUAGAUGUACCACAUAAUGUAGCAAAGGAGAAUUUGUGUUUUAAGAGGCUGAUGAAUAGUAACCUGUCUGCUCUGGCCAGCACUUCUUGCAAACAGUCUUUGGUGAGUCAGUAGCAUUGUCAGAUCUUCCGGAAAGACAUUUGUCACUUGCCAUAUCACAAAUUUUAGAAAAAAUGCUCAAAAGGCUGAAGAAAGCCAGGUUGGAGGAUGAGGGGUGGAGUUGUUUAUACUGUUAGGUAUGUGUAUUGUAUAAUUCUCUCCCCUUUCCUCCUUUUUCAUUUUCUUUCUUUCCAGAAAAGCUUGCUUAUAUCAGUCUUAAUAAUAAUUUCUCUUGGGGGAAAAGGGGGAAAGACUGAAUCUUCGAGGAUAAAAAUGUAUGUGAGCUUUCAGUUUUUCCAUAACAUUAAAAUCACUUACAUCAAAAUUAUUAGGUAUUUGCAGAGUCUUCAGAUACUAUUUUAAUGACUAUGUAUUUCAUGUACUAUUUUAACUGGAAAUUGUCAUUUAAUACAUUUAUCACUCAUUGUGUCAGUCUUAUACAUCACAAAUCAAGACAAGUUUCUGUGAAAGGACUCCAUAAUACAUUUCUGUGGAAAAUAAUACCUCAGGUCCGCAAGAAUAAAGCUUGGAUUGCUAAAGCUUUCACUUACAUGAUGAUAAGUAUAAAUUGUUAUAUGAAAAUGGAACUGCCUUUAAGCAAGCAAGUAAUCCAAUCCGUUUUAAACACAGGUCGUUAAAAGGGGGAUCUUAGAUGUAAGCCCAGUCCCUAUUCUGCUGACCAUACACAUCUUUCUGAGAAGCCAAUGAAACAACUUCCCUACUAUUUAUGUCUCUAAGACCCAGUCAGCUUGGAAGGACAGCACCAAAACCCACUUUCCUGACACGAGUAGUAUUUGGCUUAGGCCCCUUAUAGGAUUUGUUUUAACAGAUGACAACCAUGGAGUGAAAUUACCAAAUACCAAGUUUAUUCUUGGUAGGAAAACUUGCACAACAAAUGCAAUAAGUUCAAAAAGAGAAAAUUAUUCUUUUCGAUGGUUCCAUAGAAGCGAUGCAGUCACAAAGUCUUUCCUAAACAAAUCCGACACUGGUCCUCAAUUAUAAAAGCUUGUUUGGAAGGUUUCACCAGUUGGGAAAAGCUUCUCUUGAUGCUCUCUGCCAGAACACAGCUUCUCCUCUCUGAGCAUCAUUCCCUAGGCUUUCCUCAACCUCGCUAUCCAGAAAGGGCCACAGUUUCAGAUCAUGGCAGGGUAGAUUAAGAACAACACACUGUUUCUGCAGCACCAACCAGAUCUGUUAAUCUGUUAAUCAGCACAGAAUAAGCUCUUCUAAAUCCUGACACUUGAUCAGCUUUUCCUACCCUAACUAUUCUUUCUGCAUUACUGGGAUGUUCAGAUCUAUUGCAUUCUUUGUGCUAUGGAUUCCUCGUUCGCUCGUAUCCUUUUGCAAGCGAAAGACUCAGAAAGAGAGGGCACAAACUCCAUGCUGGGCAGGGCUCUUAUUAUCAAAAGAUCAUUUAAAAAACCAAACCAAAACAACACAGUGCAUUCCCAAGAACCUAUUCCUGGAUACAAAUAUGUUUCAAAUUAAAAAGUAAGGCUAGAAAUGACUGCAACAUAAAGAAUACUUUGCUGACUAGCAAAUCUGGUAAACUCAUGUCUUUUCCAGAUGUAUCUAUUGCAUUGUAUUUUAAAAUUACCACGUUUCAUGUUUUUCGGCCACGUACUCUUGAAAUUGUCUCUCUGACUGUAAGCAUAAUUUUUUUUUAAGUUUUCAAGUUGAUUAGAUGCUUUUUUCUUUCUCUUUUCCAAUAUUUUCCUUGCUGGUAUUAAAGCAUACAAUGUAACAUAACUGCCUAACAAUACCUCCUACUCUUUCACUGUGAUUUCCUGACUUUGUCAGAAUCUUUAUAGAUAGGGUUUCUCUUAGAAAGGCUUAUAGAAAAAAAAAUCCAACUACUCCAAAGAAGACAAAGUUUAUAUGUAUAUGUUUAUGCCUUGUAUGUAUCCUAGGCUCCUGGUCUGUUUGCUUGCCAGUAUGAUUGAUUGACUGCGUCCCAAAAGUUGUUUAUAAAAACCGGCAGGCCCAGUGUUUGUACAGAUCUGAAAACACCCAAAGAAAACCAAGCGCCCGGUGAUCUCCCUCUUGGCUCUGUUCCUGCAGCCUCAAAUGGGAGUAGUGUUGCGGCGGUGGUUCUAAACAGUGCCGCCGGCGACCUGCCCUUCCUCCUACUCCCUGGGCUACAGCGGAGCCCCCGCAGUCGGGGGAUUUGCACGUUCGCGGACCGCGGAUGGCGGCUAAGCGGAGCGGCCCUCGGGGAUUGCGAGGGCGACCUGGGAAGAUUAAUCAGUUUGUCGUUGCUCAGGCUCCGAAGAGACGGGGGGAUCGCGGGAGGGGGGGAGGAGCGGUGUCUUGUUUUUUCUUCCUCUGUUUCAGGAGAGUCCCCUGUCUCCCCAGAGUGACAACCGAGUCACUUUACAGCUGUGUCACCUGGAGCAAAAAUGAAAUAGUAAAAAACAAGCUACCCACAGAUUGAGAAGGCUUACUCCAAUAUUUUUUUGCAUGUUAAAACCCCCAACCCCGCCGGAGUCGAGCAGAGCCGAGCCGAGCCGAGCUGUGCCGUGCCGUACUGUGCCGAGGCGAGCCCCGCCCCGCCGGUCUCCACCUGCCGGGGUGCAGGGCCGGGAGAAUAUUCUGCCCUAAUCCCCCUCUCCCGGGGGUCUUUUCCAUGUGGAUCCCAUUAUCAUCAUUUGCUCCUAGUAUAAGGGGGAUUAAGGCGAUUAGAAUGAAAAUAAUUAAAUGAUUUUUCAAUUCACCCCUUCAUGCAACUGGAAAGAGAGAGAGAAGGGACUCUACCCAGAGAAACCGAGAUGGGGUCUGGGAUUUGAAGGGGUUUAUUUUUAAAGGAAAGGAAGGAAAGGGGGAAACCUUCGCAGCUGUCAACUGUUUUCCAAACACUAAAUUAAUGCUGGCCAGACCUUUGUCGUAACGUGGCCCUACUGUUUUCAAAUGGGUUUUCUAGCCUGUAAUUGUUAAGUCUCUGCGUUGAAUAUACAAGCAAAAUAAAACUAAAAAAUUCUCGGA